GUUUAACUAAUCACACUAGUCAUGGUCACUCAUGGAGGUGUCAAGAGACCAUACUUAUAACCCAAUCGAAGGUGUCCAAUGGGCGGGGUGGAGCCCCUACCACGGAGGAGACAAGCGGGGAUUUCCACGGGAUUGUUACGUCCCCUCCCUCCGUGCCGUCGGACAUUCCGAUCAACAUUUCCACUCCUAUUCUUCCCAAAGGCUGCAGCUCCGGCAGAACUGCCGCCGGCGCAGAAGAUUCAGACGGAGGCUGGUUAUGCGCCAAAGCCGGGCAGUACUCUUGGCGCGCUGUUUGCGGAGGAUCCAUUGUUGCCGACUAAGUCAUUCGAGGGUCAUGACGGUGAGAGUGAUGGCCACGGAAAUGGAGGUGGGUUUUUUGCUGCAUCGGUUGGGAAGGGAAGCCACAUUGAGGUUUCUGAAAGCCAAGGGUGGAUAGCUAUUCCAAAGGAGGAGCUUCCUGAUAACUGGAGUGAGGCACUGGACAUGACAUCAUUGCGCUCGCUGGAUCGCUCCUUUGUUUUUCCUGGCGAACAAGUUCAAGUAGUAGCAUGCUUGGCUGCAUUUAAGCAGGAUACUGAAAUUAUUACACCAUUUAAAGUUGCGGAACUUAUGAACAAAAAUGGGUUUGGAGAGAACAACGACAAAGAAGGCUGCUGUGAUUCUUCUCACUCUCAAAAUGUUUCUGGUGCCAAAGAAAUAAAUGACAGUGAAGAUUUUGAUAAGACAAAUAGGAAAAAAAUGCAGGGGAAUUCUGAACCCGAAAACGAAGUUUCUGCUGGUGCGUCACUUCUGAGAAUGGAAGAGUACAGAAGACAGACUGAAUCUCUAGUGCAAAGAUUUAAAAACUCUCACUUCUUUGCCCGAAUUGCUGGGUCUGAUGAGGCACUAUGGACAAAAAGAAAAGCUGUGGACGACUCCUCUGGGAUUGAAGAAAGGUUCAUGGGAAACAGUUCAGAUACUAAGAACAAUUCAAAAAAGAAGCUUCCUUCUAAUGCUGCCAUUGAUAGGGGGAAUUUUGAUGGGGUCACAUCUGGAGGAGUGGCAAGGAAUGCUACCAAGUGCUGUGCCCUCCCGAAUGGAGACAUUGGGGUACUCUUACAGAUAAAUGUUGGUGCUGAAUUUGUGAGAGAUCCUGUAUUGGAAAUUCUUCAGUUUGAGAAAUAUCAGGAUAUUAGUUUUCCUUCUGUGGGUCACGAAGAUUCAGUGUCGCGAAAUCAAGAUCCAUGUGGUGAGCUCUUAAAAUGGUUGUUUCCUCUGGAGAAUUCUAUUCCUCCUCCAACACGAUCUCUAACCCCACCUCAGUUCACUUCUGUUGCAAGCAUCCGUAGUACAUCUACAAGGGUUGCCUUAUCUGGAUCAACUGGCUCUCAGCUUUUUUCUUUUGGAAACUUCAGAAGUUACUCCAUGUCCUCAUUGCCACCAAAUAUUUUACCCCCUUCAUCUACUUCAACUCCGAAUUGUGGCCCAGGUUUUGAACCAGAUGACUGGGAGCGGUUUUCAUUUCGUAAGGCAAUCAAAAGUGAAAAUAGCGGUAGUGGAGGACUUUUAUCUUAUAGAGGGGUUUCAUUGGAACCUGAAAGGUUUUCUGUUCAUUGUGGUUUGGAAGGGAUUCAUAUACCUGGAAGGAAAUGGAGGAGGAAAAUUGAAAUAAUUCAACCACUGGAAAUUACUUCUUUUGCUGCUUACUGCAGCAUAGAUGACCUCAUCUCUGUUCAAAUAAAGAAUGUUGCUCCAGAACAUGCACCAGAUGUUGUUGUGUAUUUAGAUUCUAUAUCAAUUGUUUUUGAAGAAGCUUCAGAAAGUGGGCGACCUUUAUCUUUACCAACUGCAUGUAUUGAAGCUGGGAAUAACCACUGUUUACCAAAUUUAGCUCUCAGGAGUGGUGAAGAACACUCCUUUAUUCUCAAGCCAGCAACUUCCACGGGCACAAACUCCAAGGUUUGCAGUGAGCGAAGUUCACAAUCACGCAUUAGUGCUGGAAAUGUAGCAUCUACAAGAAAAUAUUCUUUGAAUGCCAAGGCGAGAAAUAGUGUUUCACCGGCGGAUCAUUAUGCAAUUCUUGUAUCAUGCAGAUGCAAUUAUACUGGGUCUAAGUUGUUCUUCAAACAGCAGACAAGCUGGCGACCGCGAAUCUCCAGGGAUUUGAUGAUCUCUGUUGCAUCCGAAAUGUCGAAACAAACUUUAGAAUCCAAUGAUAGAGUAGCACAGCUUCCAGCACAGGUCCUAACUCUUCAAGCAUCAAAUUUGACAUCUGAAGACCUAACAAUGACAGUGCUGGCUCCAGCCUCCCUUACUUCUCCGCCUUCUGUGAUGUCACUCAGCUCACCAACAUCGCCAGCAAGUCCAUUUUUUGGGUCUAGGUUCUCAGAGAAACUGGAUGUCAGACUAGAUGCUUCUCGGAAAAGUGACAGCUCAGCAUUAGUGAGUAAAGUACUAGAUGCAUCAAAAGGCCAUAAGAGAGCAGUUUCAUUUGAUGAGCGAGUCAUUUCCAUACCCGACGUCCAUCCAAGUCGGGAUUCUGGGUGUACACAUUUAUGGUUGCAGAGUAGAGUUCCAUUAGGAUGUGUUCCUUCUCAAUCGACGGCUACUGUCAAACUUGAGGUUCUUCCCCUGACAGAUGGCAUAAUCACACUUGAUUCCUUGCAAAUUGAGGUAACAGAGAAAGUUACAUUUUUGGGGUGGCAGGCAUCACGUACAUUCCCGAGCACUCUCUGAAGAUAUAUGCAACUUCAAGCAUUCCUACCGGGACACGAUGAUACCUCCCUCCCGCUGGUUUACUUCUAGUCUCUCUCUCUCUCUCGUAUGGAGUAUUAUGAUCCCUGUGUCAUUCCAGUUCAGGCUCUCUUGAAGCAAAGCUAUUGUUUUGACCCCAUAGCUCUGAUACUAGUGCAAUG